AUGACAGCACUGGUGGCACUGUUUCUCCUGGUGCAGCCAUGCUCUGCCUUUACUACCGUGUCAUUGGCACGUACUGGUACAAGUGCACGUGUCGGUAUACAUACACGGCUGCCCUCCAUCGUGGACCCUGAUCUGUUUGAAGACGAAGAAGAGGAAAUGCUGCCGAUUGCCCGCAACUUUGUGUCGGCCAAGUACCGUCGGAGUGCAAGAGAGCACGGACGCGAAAAGUGCAACAAGGACGACAUUGCCGAGUUGCUGCGCAGUUUAUUGCCCCCUGUCACGUCUCAAGAGUUGGGAGACGAAGUUGAAAAAACGCUUGAAAUCAUCUUGCAAAACAAAGAAAACACGGAGGAAUCCAUCAACGAAGAAAACUUUGUAGAGGCCAUUGUGGCAAACAGUUACUGGAGAGAAGCACGAGGACUUGUCGUCAAAGAACUCAUGUAUUUUGACAGUCUCUACUCCUUUUAUGGAACUGGAGAAGCACUGCUCAAUGAUGAUGACUACGAAGAGUUGAAAGAAAAUCUUACUUGGGAAGGAUCUUCCGUCGCAACCAUGAACAAAAAGGAAGCCUUGUUUGUCAAUGCUGUGGCGGCCGCAAAGAGGGGGAUUCCAAUCAUGGACGACCAAGAAUAUUCAAGCCUCAAAAAUGAUCUCAGAAAGGAACGAUCUUGGGUUGUAUCCAGAGGUCAGGAUGCUUUGGAAAAACUGGGGUUGGAUACUUUUCUGGGUUACUUGCACCGGGCAUUGGCCUAG